UCUAAAUUUUUUUUAUUGUUUGCAAAUCCCUUCUUAAAAUUAAUAACAAAUAAUAUUAAUACCCCUCAUUGUUAAACUGGGAAGAUUAUAACUUGUAUAAUCAAACGAAAAUUUGCUUAACUAAAAAUAAAAAACAUUAAUCAAUACUUUAAACUUGCAUUGAAGCAUCCUCUGUUUUAUAAGUUUAGUUGUUAGUAAAUGACAUCUGUCUUAACCAUGUCUUCCCCGAGUGCAGGAAAAAGAAGAAUGGAUACAGACGUUAUUAGACUAAUUGAAAGCAAACACGAUGUCACAUUACUAGGUGGAAUCAAUGAAUUUGUUGUGAAAUUUUUUGGCCCAAUAGAUACUCCAUAUGAAGGUGGAAUUUGGAAAGUCAGGGUGGACUUACCCGAUAAAUACCCAUUCAAAUCUCCUUCCAUAGGUUUCCUCAACAAAAUCUAUCAUCCAAAUAUAGACGAAGCUUCAGGUACAGUGUGCCUAGAUGUGAUCAACCAAGCCUGGUCCGCUCUUUUCGACCUACUCAACAUUUUUGAAUCCUUCUUACCUCAAUUACUUCGUUACCCCAAUCCGGUAGACCCUCUGAACGGUGAUGCCGCCGCUCUUUACUUGCAAAAACCGGAAGAUUACAAGCGAAAAAUCAAAGAUUACGUCUCAAAAUAUGCUACCGAAGAUGCGAUCAAAGAGAUUAACGGACCUGACCCCGAUAAUAGCGGAGCGGAAAGUAGCUCAUUGUCGGAAUUUUCUUCUGGCGAUGAGGACGACGUUUUAGCGCCCCCGGGAUCCGGACUGGAACUCUGACCAGGAAUGUUUCGCGUAAAAAAAAAAUUAUGGGUUGAGAAUAUUCCCAUAAUUUUUUUUAAAAUAAUUUAUAAAUGAUUCAUUUUUUUACGUCUAUCGGUUUUGAUCCAUCUUUUAAAUAACACUCAAUGACGACGAAAAUAAACAAAAAAAAAUCUAAUAUAUAAUUUAUAUACUAAAUGUAAGGUAACUUUAAAUUAUGCCUAACAUUGUGAACAAAAAAAAGAAACAUCUUAUAAAUGUCAAAUUUUUAUGUAUAUUUAUAUUUAUUAUUUAUUAUUU